AUGAUUUCUUCCAGAGAUCCCGAUGCUCUCUUCACCGGCGGCGGAAUCAGCUUUCUCGCGGGAGCUCGUCCUGUGAAAUUCAGUUAUGGGUAUUCUAGUCUCAAGGGUAAACGAGCAACAAUGGAGGAUUUCUUCGAGACAAGAAUCUCUGAUGUUGAUGGACAAAUGGUUGCUUUUUUCGGUGUUUUCGACGGUCACGGUGGCGCAAGAACUGCCGAAUAUCUUAAAAACAAUCUUUUUAAGAAUUUAGUUAGUCAUGACGAUUUUAUCUCAGACACGAAGAAGGCUAUUGUGCAAGUGUUUAAGCAGACAGAUGAGGACUACCUCAUUGAAGAGAGGGGACAGCCCAAGAAUUCUGGCUCAACUGCAUCUACUGCUCUGCUUGUAGGAGAUAAGUUGAUUGUUGCUAAUGUCGGUGAUUCUAGAGUUGUAGCGUCUAGAACUGGUUCAGCCGUUCCACUCUCUAAUGACCAUAAACCUGAUAGAUCCGAUGAACGACAAAGGAUUGAAGAUGCUGGUGGAUUCAUAAUUUGGGCUGGAACAUGGCGUGUUGGUGGAAUUCUUGCUGUUUCUCGUGCGUUUGGGGAUAAGCAACUUAAGCCAUAUGUGAUCGCCGAGCCAGAGAUUCAGGAGGAGGAUAUAAGCACAUUGGAUUUUAUUGUUAUUGCCAGCGAUGGACUGUGGAAUGUGUUGUCAAACAAGGAUGCCGUGGCUAUAGCACGAGACAUUUCAGACGCGGAAACAGCAUCAAGAAAGCUGGUUCAAGAAGCAUACGCUCGGGGUAGCUGCGACAAUAUCACUUGCAUUGUUGUUCGAUUUGAGGUUUCUUGA